AUGGAGCAGCAGGCGAUCUACGGCUUUCUCGGCGAACUACAGAUCAACCUCCAAUUCGUGAGAAUAGCCAUCUUCUCCUUACAGAUGGAGAAUUACCGAGCCCGCGACGAGGAUGUUGACGUGUGGAUCCUACAACUUCUGGAAGGGCCCCAAGAAGCGGCAAACGUAAAUGAUUGCUUAUCAGGUGAUUUGCCUCCUCCCUCUCCUUUGCCGGACGCAAAUGAUGGCCAGAUGGCAAGGUCGGAGCCUCGGAGGCGGUGCUCACCGUACCCACGUCAGGCAGACACGUCCGUCAGUCCGUGGACCGUGAAUCCGAUGUUCUACACAAGUAGGAAAAACAAUAGCCGGUGGACUGCUAAAGAAGUGGAGAGGCUGGUGCAAGGUAUCUCUAAAUUUGGUGUUGGACGAUGGACUAAGUUGAAGCAGAAUUUUUUCAAAACCUCAAUCAGGACAGCAGUAAAUCUUAAGGACAAGUGGAGAAAUCUCUUGAAAGCUUACCAGGAAGGUUCACAAAAAACUACACAGUUGGAGCUUGAGGCAUCGUUGGUUGAACAGAUCAGGAAGCUGGCAGCCAAUUAA